AUGGCUCCAGAAAAAUGUUGGAUGGAGAUUGAUAACCGUACAGAUCCAAUCUAUAUUCGAGGAGUGGAUGACUUUUUAUCUUAUGCAUUUAAUCAUGCUUCUAAUGAAAAAGUUAUUCGAUGUCCAUGUAUAAAGUGCAGAAAUGUCAACUAUAGGGAGAAGUAUGAAGUUAGGUAUCACUUGUUAAAGUAUGGAAUUGUUAAAACUUAUACUCAGUGGUAUUUACAUGGCGAGUCCUCAAAUGAAGCCACAUAUAUCAAUGAUGAGCCAAAUCUAAACGAUGAUUCUUUCUUUGAUGAUGAGAUGAUUAGAUUGGUAGAAGAUAUUCACGUUCCUUCUAACCUCAACAAUAAUGGAGAACAUGGUUCCAAUUCUUCAAGUUCUAAUAGAGUAGCUAAUGAAGAAGAGCCUGAAAGAUAUGCUGCAAAUUUUUACAAUUUGCUAAGGGAAGCGAAAAAGAAGUUGCAUUCAGAAUGUGAGCUAUCGAUAUUGGCGGUUGUAGUUAAGUUGCUUCAUUUAAAGAGUUUUCAUAGAUGGACUAACAAAUCUUUCGAUGAGUUAGUUAAGUUAUUGAGGGAGAUUAUUCCUAAUGCAAAACAUACUAUACCAGAGUCGUACAGUAGUGCUCGCAAAUACAUUAGUGCUCUAGGCCUUAAUUAUGAGAAGUAUGAUGUUUGCUUGAAUCAUUGUACCUUAUAUUGGGGAUCAUUUUCUAAUGCAACUUCUUGUGGAGUAUGCGGAUUAUCAAGAUGGAAGUCAUCUGAAGAGGGAGAUAACAGUAAACGAAUCCCGCAUAAAGUGCUUAGGUAUUUUCCUUUAAAACCUAGACUGCAGAGAUUAUUUAUGUCUAGUCAGAUUGCCUCAAAUAUGUCUUGGCAUAAAAAUAAACGGUAUGAUGAUGGUGACAAGGAGAUAAUGCGACAUCCAUCAGAUAGCCUUGCUUGGAAAAAAUUUGAUGAGUUACACAGGUCAUUUGCAAGUGAUGUUCGUAAUGUAAGGUUAGGUUUAGCUACCGACGGUUUUCAGCCUUUUGGGAAUUUGAGCUCUCAACAUAGCAUUUGGCCUGUUAUCGUAAUACCUUAUAAUUUGCCUCCUUGGAUGUGUUUGAAGCAAUCUAAUAUGAUCAUGUCAAUGAUCAUACCCGGACCACAUAGUCCGGGAAUGGGAAUAGAUAUCUUUCUACAACCUUUAAUAUCCGAGCUUAAGGAAUUAUGGGAGGUUGGUGUAGACACUUAUGACGCACAUAGCAAGAAAAAUUUCAAAUUACAUGCAGCAAUCAUGUGGACCAUUAAUGAUUUUCCAGCAUAUGCAGACUUAUCAGGGUGGUCAACUAAAGGUUACAAAGCUUGUCCUUGUUGUCAUAAACAUACCAGUGCCAAACGCUUACCAGGAUCGAUGAAGUUAUGUUAUAUGGAUCAUAGGCGAUUUUUGCCUCGUAACCAUAAAUGGCGAAAAAACACUACAUCAUUUAAUGGUGUAAGAGAAAUGAGAGAAAAUCCAAAGCCAUUGACUGGUGAUGAAGUGUUGAAAGAGUUUAAUAAUUUCACUCAACUUCCGUUUAAUAGAGGCAUUAAAAGGAAGUAUGAUGCGUCUAAUAGCUUUGAACACUGGAGAAAGAAGAGUAUUUUUUUUGAGUUACCUUACUGGAAGACUCUUCUUAUACGACAUAAUCUUGAUGUGAUGCAUAUUGAGAAGAAUGUGUGCGAUAGUGUGUUGGGGACUGUGAUGAAUAUAAAAGGAAAAACAAAAGAUACAUUGAAUAGUCGUUAUGAUCUUGUUAGCUUGGGCAUUAGACCUGAACUUCAUCCAAUUGAUAAAGGAGACAAGGUUUGCAUUCCAAUGGCUCGUUAUACAUUAUCUAAUACUGAAAAAGAUGCCGUGUGUAAGAUGUUGGCUAGUUUGAAGACUCCGGAUGGUUUUCUCUCGAAAAUUUCCCGAUGUGUAAAUUUGAAAGAACACAAAAUAUCAGGUAUGAAGAGUCAUGAUUACCAUGUUUUCAUACAAAGACUUCUUCCUCUUGCUAUUCGUAGUUUCUUGCCAAAAGAUGUUUGCGAGCCUUUAAUAGAAUUAAGUGCCUUCUUUAGAGAUUUAUGUUGCAAGAAUUUAGAUGUUUCUAGUUUGGACCGUCUCCAGAAACAAAUAAAUUUAACUUUAUGCAAGUUGGAGAUGACUUUUCUACCAUCAUUGUUUGAUAUUAUGGUGCAUUUGCUCGUGCACUUACCCGAGGAAGCUAAACUUGCUGGGUCUGUUCAGUAUAGGUGGAUGUAUCUAGUUGAGAGAUAUCUAUUCAAAUUAAAAUUAUUGAUUCGCAAUAUGGCCAAGCUAGAGGGUUCAAUUGCUGAAGGUUACAUAGCAGAUGAGUGUUUGACAUUUUGUUCAAGAUAUUUGGUAGGAGUUGAUACCAAAUUUAACCAGCCACCAAGAAAUGAUGAUGGGUGCAGUGAGAAUGCCACUACUUAUGGGCUAAAGAUAUUUAAAACAAUUGGACGCCCUAUAGGAAAAAGUGAGUAUUUAUGGCUUGAAGAUGAUUGGAGGAAAAAGGCGCAACUUUAUAUUCUAAAUAACUGUGAAGAAGUAUGGCCUUAUGUCGAGGAUUUCAAAAACUCCAAACAACAGAUGAAUCAUACCCAGUUUAUGAAAAUAUACAAUAAGGAAUUUCCAGAUUGGUUUUUUGACUGUGUGAGUAAGCUGCAUGCACAAGGAUCCGCUUCUGAUGAUUUGUUAAGUUUAGCUAAGGGUCCUUUAACACGGUAUAAACGUUACAAUGGUUAUAUCGUGAAUGGUUUUCGCUUUCACACCUUAGAUCGUCAAAGACAUAGAGUAAGUCAGAACUCUGGUAUAUUGUCUAAAGGAGAUGAUAUUCUGGUGUUAAAGAGUACUGGUUAUAAAGUAGAUAAUUACUCAAUAACCAGUGUCAAAGCCGAUCGUCGUCUAUAUAUAAAUGAGCCGUUCAUUUUAGCAUGUCAUGCUGAGCAAAUAUUUUAUAUUGAAGAUCCAAAAGAUUCAAAAUGGCUUGUCAUAAUGAAGGCAUAUCCUCGAGAUAUCUACAACAUGCCUAUGCAAUUAGAGGAAGAUGUCUUUCAAAUAGACGAAGACUAUGAGGUGUUUCAAGAAGAGGAUAAUGACGUAGAUGGUCGUGCACCGUGCUCGUUAGAUAAUGAUGAUGGGGUUUCUAAUAUGCAUAGGAAUGAUGUUGAUGGUGAAGAAGUACCACUUGAAAUUGCUCGACAAAUUGAAGACCAAAUUAGACAAAAUGAUUCAUUAGGUUUCAACUUAAAUGACGAUGAGAACGUUAAUACAUUUGAGCCCAUGGAAAGUAGUGACAGUGAUAAUGAUGAUGAAACUAAUGAUUGUGAAGAUGAUGAUGAUGAUUGA